AAGGGUUUAGCUUCAUUUGUUGUUGGUCACACUGUUGGUUUUCCGCCGCCAGCCACCGCUAGCUUUCACUCCUCUGUUUCGGUUUGGCCGUAGAACGAGAGAGCCAUGAUCGCCGCAAUUUCAUGGAUUCCCAAAGGAGUCUUCAAAGCCGAACCUGUUUUCGCCGAGCUUCCUUCCAAAGAGGAAAUCGAAAAAAUCAUCUCCAACACGCAUGAUGUGGAUGAAGAGAAUGAUAUGGAAGAAGACACUGACAAAAACAACGAUGAAGUCGCACACGCUUUAACAGUAGCUGAUGCAAUUGCUAAACCAUCCAAGGAAAAUACUGACGAAAUUACCCUCGCCUUGCAAGAGCUCAACAUGGAAACCUAUGAUGAAGAAGAUGACAAAGGUUUUGAGUUGUUCAGUUCAGAUCUUUAUUAUCAGAGUAAUGAAAUGGAUCCAUAUAUCAAAGAUAAGAAAGAAGAGUAUGAUUCUGAAGAUCUUGAAGACAUGGUUAUUAAUCCAACUGAUUCUGUUGUUGUAUGCGCACGUACCGAAGACGAUGUCAAUUUCCUCGAAGUUUGGAUACUUGAAGAUGCCAAUACCCGUGAUAUGAACUUGUAUAUUCACCAUGAUAUCAUUAUUCCGGAAUUUCCACUCUGCACGGCUUGGCUGGAUUGUCCCCUUAAAGGAGGAGAAAAAGGAAACUUCUUGGCUGUUGGUUCAAUGGGACCAUCCAUAGAAAUUUGGGAUCUUGAUGUUAUUGAUGAGGUAGAACCAUGUGUGGCGUUGGGUGGCAUAGAGUCAAGCAAAACGGGGAAAAAUGGGAAAAAGAAAUCAAUAAAAUACAGAGAGGACAGUCACACUAGCUCAGUACUUGGUCUUGCUUGGAACAAGGAGUUCAGAAAUCUACUUGCAAGUGCUAGUGCUGACAAGAGCGUAAAAAUUUGGGACGUCGUCGCUGGAAAGUGUACUCUUACAAUGGAGCAUCACACUGACAAGGUUCAAGCAGUUGCUUGGAAUCAUCAUAGACAACAUGUUCUUCUUAGUGGCUCAUUUGAUCAUACAGUUACCUUGAAGGAUGUAAGGAAUCCGUCGCAUUCAGGCUGUACGUGGUCAGUCGGUGCUGAUGUAGAGAGCUUGGCAUGGGAUCCACACGCUGAGAACCUUUUUGCGGUGAGUCUUGAAGAUGGUACAAUCAAGUGUUAUGAUGUCCGGAAUGCCAUGUCCAAUGCCACAUCUGAGCAGAGUGCUACUUUUACACUUCAUGCACACGACAAAUCUGUUACCUCACUAGCCUAUAAUAUGUCAGCACCUAAUCUUCUUGCUACCGGAUCCACGGAUAAAACGGUAAAACUAUGGGAUUUGUCCAACAACCAACCAUCUUGUGUCGCAACCAAAGAACCAAAAGCUGGGUCUGUCUUUUCUAUCUCUUUUGCAGAGGACAAUCCAUUCUUGUUGGCAAUAGGAGGCUCAAAGGGAAAAAUAGAAUUAUGGGACACCUUAGCUCACGAAGGUGUCUCUCGAAGAUACGAGAAAUACAGCAGGAACCAACCUCAAUCCGGGGCCUGAUAUAAUGCAAUGUCGACUCGGACCCUUAAGAUGGAUAUUUUGUUUCUUUUUACUAUAUAAUGAGCUUCAAUGCUCUUUGUAGUUUAGGAGUAUUUAAAUUUUGGAAGGUUGUAUUAGCAAGGAUGGAUUGAUAUACAGUUUAUCUUGAAUGCUUUUUGUAGUUUAGGAGUAUUUAAAAUUUGGAAGGUUGUAUUAUUAAGGAUGGAUUGUUAUACAUUUUGGUAGUGCUGUUCUGUCCUUCAUUAUAUUUAUAACAGGUUUUGAAA